AGUUGUAGCAUCACCGGGUAUGUAACUGUUCUUUUAUUUCCACUCACAUCUCGGGUGCCUGGUUGACAGCCUCCUCUGAGGUCUGGCUGUUCCUGAGGUGGGCGGGAGUAAAGUUGGUUGUGUACUAUAAAGAGCUCUGAGGGGAGUUAACAAGCUAGUCGAAAUAAUGAAAGGACACCCGCGCCAGCCAAUCACUGCAUAGCUCUAGGUAUAAGUCCCUUUGGAUGCUCCUGUUAAGUAGCGAAGUUGUCUCGAGAAUCAACACAAGAGCAUUGGAAAUAGCAACGCCAACGACAACUUUUACGGAACUUCACCAACGUCUGUCCAUUUUAACUCCCCUGGCUUGCUUCAGUACUUUUGGUGUUACGCGUUGGCUCUGAGGAACAGCUCAGGGAAUAAACGGAUAUUUCUCUGCACUGUCUCAUAUUGCCUGUCGGAGCACACGAAGAAGGUCCGUAGUUAAAGGGAAGGAGAACGUCACACAAGGCAGCAAGAAAGAGUUCUGUGGCUCGGUCGGCUUUCACAUAGCCAUGUCCUCCGGUAAUGCGUCGGAGCAGAGUCGGCGGUUCUGUGUGCUGUCUUGGGAGCAGGUGCAGCGUUUGGACUCGAUUCUUGGAGAAACGGUACCAAUUCACGGACGAGGAAACUUCCCAACUCUUUCUGUUCAACCUCGACAGAUUGUACAGGUGGUACGGGAGCGCUUGGAAGAGAGGGGUGUCGCUGUACGCAAUGUUCGCCUGAACGGCUCCGCUGCCAGCCACGUGCUGCACCAGGACACCGGCCUGGGCUACAAGGACCUGGACCUCAUCUUUGGCGUCUCGCUGCCCGACGACCAGGCCUUCCGGCUGGUCAAGGACGUGGUCCUGGACUGCCUGUUGGACUUCCUGCCCGAGGGCGUGUGCAAGGAGCGCAUCUCGCCGCUGGCGCUCAAGGAGGCAUACGUGCAGAAGCUGGUGAAGGUGUGCAACACGGCGGACACGGACCGCUGGAGCCUGAUCUCGCUCUCCAACAACACGGGCAAGAACGUGGAGCUGAAGUUCGUGGACUCGCUGCGGCGGCAGUUCGAGUUCAGCGUGGACUCGUUUCAGAUCGGCCUGGACUCGCUGCUCCUGUUCGACCGCUGCUCGGAGACGCCCAUGUCCGAGAGCUUCCACCCCACGGUGCUCGGCGAGAGCGUGUACGGCGACUUCCAGGAGGCGCUGGGCCACCUGUCGCAGAAGACCAUCGCCACGCGGAACCCCGAGGAGAUCCGCGGCGGCGGCCUGCUCAAGUACUGCCACCUGCUGGCGCGGGGGUUCCGGCCCACCUCGGAGGCCGACAUGAAGACCAUGCAGCGCUACAUGUGCUCGCGCUUCUUCAUCGACUUCCCUGACAUCGGCGAGCAGCAGCGCAAGCUGGAAGCGUACCUUCAAAACCACUUUGCCGGCAUGGAGCACAAGCGCUACGAGUGCCUGGCCACGCUGCACGACGUGGUGAACGAGAGCACGGUGUGCCUGAUGGGACACGAGAGGCGGCAGACGCUCAACCUGAUCUCGGCGCUGGCGCUGCGGGCGCUGGCGGAGCAGAACGCCAUCCCCACGGUCACCAAUGUCACCUGCUACUACCAGCCGGCGCCCUACGUCAGGGACAUCAACUUCAGCAACUACUACGUGGCGCACGUGCACUCUCUCAUGCCGCCCGCAGCCUGCACUAACCAGACUCCCUACCAGACCUGGCUGCCGUGUAACUAGCAUUCACACCCAGGCUCACACUCAAGUACACAUGCACGCGCACUGACACACAUGCGUAGCGCACACACAAGCGAAUAAGCAAACACACACCACAACUGUGAAAUUUGUGACUUUCAAGAAGAGAAAAAAAACAGCCCUUCAUACACAUACACACACACACACACACACACACACACACACACACACACACACACACACACACACACACACACACACGCGUGCGCGCACACACACGCGCCGAGAAGACUUCUUCUGUCUCAGGCCCCUGUGGAGAAACUAAAAUUGAGUGGUGAGUGGACAAGCAUAACGGACAGACAGAAAAAAAAGAAACA